AAGAGAGAAGCGCUUGUGGAGUUGCCGGUGUCUUGACAGCAGUGAGCGAGCGAGCAGCUGGGAACAAGCCGAGCUGUCAAGGGAGUAUCCGGAAACCUGCAGCUGGUGGGAAGCGUCACUUGGAGUCCGGAAUUACGAGACACCUGUGCGCGUGGUAGGUCGGAUGAGCACCCUGUCUGCCGGCUUGGAGAUGCAAACUUCAACCCUGGAAGCCCAGUUCAUAGUGGCACCCCAGGCUAAAGUAACUGGCCGGAAGAGAGGACGGCCUCCUAUCCGGAAGCUGGAUUUCCAGAGCCACUAUGUGGAUUCUUUGUCGCCCUUGAAGGUCCCAAAAAAGAGAGGGAGGAAACCCGGCUUUAAGCUGAAGCCCAGGAUGGUGAUGUCCUCACUCGCCAACUCUCCUCCCAACAGCACGCCAGAACCUGAGAUGGGGUCUCUCCCGCAAGACGCUGCUAUCGUCCCCCACUCUGCCACACCGCAGGUCCUAACAGCAGACACACCCCUGCCUGAUGAUUUCAUAUGUGACCCGCCUGCAGACAAGCGCUACACCAUAGACCUGAGUGACUCUGCGUUCAACAUAAUGGCGUUGCAGUACCAAACCAAGCCUUCUUAUAUUUACCGUAGCAACAGCUGCUCCACUCCAAUAGGUUUAUGCAGACAGGUUUCCAGUCCGGCGACUUUUCAGGAUGGAAAUAGAACCGCCCUCACUCCCUUGCCAGACACUGGAGAGGGCAAGCGUCUUUCUGGGAAAGACCCGUCCAACUGGGGUGUAGAGGAUGUAGUGUGGUUCAUCAAAGAAGCUGACCCGCAAGCCCUGGCACCCCAUGCUGAGGCUUUCAGGAAACAUGAAAUAGAUGGAGACGCACUCUUAUUGCUGAAAAGUGAGAUGAUGAUGAAGUACCUGGGACUUAAACUGGGUCCUGCACUCAAACUCUGUUACCACAUCGACAGGCUCAGACAGAAUCGCCAGUAAUUUCCUGUAAGAGAACUGAAGGCUGAAAAAAACAUCACCUCAAUAUCCUGAAUAUGAGGUGAAAUUGAAACCGUGGUGCUUUCACUGCAUCUGAACCACUUUUUGUUGACUGAACAUUUUAUAUGUACUUACUGGGACUAUUUGCAACUUUGUUUACUUACCGGCAAUACUUGAGUGGAUUUAAACAGCAAAUAGUUUUGCUACAUGCAAAUGUCAGCUAACAUUAACUAUAAGCAGCAUUAAUUUAAGCGAACCAUAAUCACAAUCAUAGAGUGCUCCACUAAAGGUCUACAAAGAAAAAACUUAUCACCGUGUUUUACCUCAUUACCAUUUUUAAACUCAACAGUAUUGCUCAGUUUUUUGGCUGCUUGUUUUAAUACAUUUUCUUUCAAAUAUUUUUUUUUUUUCCCCAAGGUUGGAAUUGUACAAAGAUAUUUUUAAAUUUUUGAUUCUGAAAUUUUCUGGCAGGGAACAGCUGCUGGUGUAUUAUCCAGGUUUUCCUGUUGUCUGACAAGUUCACUAACAAGUGAUGAAAGACAAAGAAAAUGAUCUGUGAACAUUUUAUCUCCACAAACUACUGUAUAGCACAAUGGAUCAGUGGUACUGUAUUUCUCAAAUAAGAACUCCCUUUAAAAUUUGAAAAAAAAAAAAAAAGCUCAUGUAACUUGGUGCUGCCACUACAUCUACAUUCAACAUACUAAAUCAUAUCUUGUGUUAAUGCCUAAUUGUAACCUAAUAGCUUGCCAUUUUUGUUACACGGUACCUCAUUUCAUGCCAUUCUGAGCAUAAAUGCCUCCGCUGAAGGAGUAAUUGGUCAUAAAAUUUAAAAAGAGGCUAAGUAGCAUUGAGAGUUUUCUCCUGUGAUGCUGUAUGACAAACUUCUGGUUAAACUUAAUCUUAUGCUGUGGAAGACAAACUUGUGAAAUAUGUGUUAAACUUAAAGUUAACUUUUGAUUAAACUUGUUUUUUUUAUCUUGC